UCGAACUAGGCGCGGGGGCUUUGCCGCCGGUCCGGGCAUGAAGGCAAUAGUAGACUGGAUGUAAGCCCCUCUUCCCCGCUCUCUCUCCCCCCUCCUUCUCCUCCUCCUCCCUCCCUCCCGGACCAAAGAUGGCGGGCGGCUCCAUCACACUGCCCACUGUCAACAUGGCGGCGCGCAGUCACGGCCGGGUCCUAUGUCUGGUGAUGAUGAUGUUGCUGUCGCUGAGCAGUUGCCUGGCCGCCGAAGAGGAGGACGCCGAGACUGUUAUUAUCGGGCUGCGGCUGGAAGACACCGACGACGUAUCGUUCAUGGACGGCGGGGCGCUGCGGGUCAGCGAGAGGACCCAGGUGAAGCUGCGGGUCUACGGGCAGAACAUCAACAACGAGACGUGGUCCAAGAUCGCCUUCACCGAGCACCCCCCGCCCUGGGUGACCGGAGGGGGACCGGAUCUCGGCGGCGGCCGGGAGGGCUUCUACCCCUGCGGGAUCCGCACGUCUGACAUGCUGAUCCAGCACCACAUCGAGCUGAGCCGCAGCAGCUCCGGCAUCGUGGAGAUCGAGAUCAAACCCCUGAGGAAGACGGAGAAGAGCAAGGCUUACUACCUGUGCACCUCGGUGUCCAGCCCCCCUCCGAGCCCUGGUGCCCACCAGCCCUGGACCGAAACCACCUGGGUCUACCACUCUGGAGAUGACACCAGGGUCAUUGUGGUGGAGGAGAAGAAGUUCCUCCUGCCCUUCUGGCUCCAGGUCAUAUUCAUCGCCCUCCUGCUGUGCCUAUCUGGCAUGUUCAGCGGCCUCAACCUGGGACUCAUGGCCCUGGACCCCAUGGAGCUAAGGAUCGUCCAGAACUGUGGCACCGACAAAGAGAAGAAUUACGCCAAGAGGAUUGAGCCGGUUCGCCGCCAGGGCAACUACCUGCUGUGUUCCCUGCUGCUGGGCAACGUGCUGGUCAACACCACCCUGACCAUCUUGUUGGACGAUAUCGCCGGUUCGGGGCUGGUGGCCGUAGUGGUCUCCACCAUUGGCAUAGUCAUCUUCGGCGAGAUAGUGCCCCAAGCCAUCUGUUCUAGGCAUGGCUUGGCAGUGGGAGCCAACACAAUCUUCUUGACCAAGUUCUUUAUGAUGAUGACCUUCCCCGCUUCUUACCCGGUCAGCAAGUUGUUGGACUGCGUCCUAGGACAGGAGAUAGGGACGGUGUAUAAUAGGGAGAAGUUGUUGGAGAUGUUGAGAGUGACUGACCCUUAUAAUGAUCUGGUCAAAGAGGAGCUCAAUAUUAUCCAGGGGGCUUUAGAGCUCAGGACCAAAACGGUAGAAGACGUCAUGACCCCGUUAAGAGAUUGCUUUAUGAUGGCUGGAGAUGCCAUCCUGGACUUUAACACCAUGUCCGAGAUCAUGGAAAGCGGAUAUACCCGCAUCCCAGUCUAUGAAGGGGAAAGGUCCAACAUUGUGGACCUCCUCUUUGUCAAAGACUUGGCCUUUGUGGACCCUGAUGACUGCACGCCUUUAAAGACUAUCACCAAGUUCUACAAUCACCCUCUACACUUUGUCUUCAAUGAUACCAAGCUAGAUGCCAUGCUGGAAGAAUUCAAAAAAGGCAAAUCCCACCUGGCAAUAGUGCAGCGAGUGAACAAUGAAGGAGAAGGAGACCCGUUUUAUGAAGUCCUAGGCAUUGUUACCUUGGAAGAUGUUAUAGAAGAAAUCAUCAAGUCUGAAAUCUUAGAUGAAACAGAUUUAUACACUGAUAACAGAACAAAAAAGAAAAUAACCCAUCGAGAGAGAAAACAAGAUUUCUCCGCUUUUAAGCAAACCGACAAUGAGAUGAAGGUUAAAAUAUCACCGCAACUUCUCCUGGCUAUGCACCGUUUCUUAGCAACAGAAGUGGAUGCCUUUAGCCCAUGUCAGAUGUCAGAGAAGAUUCUUCUGAGGCUGCUCAAACAUCCCAAUGUCAUCCAGGAACUAAAGUUCGAUGACAGGAACAAGAAGUCUCCUGAAUACUACCUCUACCAGCGUAAUAAGCCGGUGGACUACUUUGUGCUGGUUUUACAGGGGAAAGUGGAAGUGGAAGCCGGGAAGGAAGGGAUGAAAUUUGAAGCUGGUGCCUUUUCAUAUUACGGUGUGAUGUCACUCACAGCAUCGCCAGUUCCCUUGUCCCUGUCUCGUACCUUUGUUGUCAGCAGGACAGAAUCGUUAGCUGGUUCUCCAGCGGAGAAUAAGUCACCACCUCGCCCUUGUGGACUAAAUCAUUCGGACUCUCUAAAUAGAAGUGAUCGAAUCGAUGCCGUCACACCAACGCUCGGGAGCAGUAACAAUCAGCUAAAUUCUUCGUUUUUGCAAGUAUAUAUUCCCGAUUAUUCUGUGAGAGCUGUAACGGACAUGCAGUUUGUCAAGAUUACAAGACAGCAGUACCAAAAUGCCCUGAUGGCUUCACGAAUGGACAAAACCCCACAAUCCUCAGACAGUGAAAAUACAAAAAUUGAAAUGACUCUAACAGAGCUACAUGACGGGUUAGCUGACGAAACGGCAAAUCUGAUAAACGAACAGAACUGUGUUUCACACAAGUCCAAUCACAGUAUGCACAACGAAGGGCCCAUCUGAGCCUGUGACAUGCAGCUUGCUAAAAUUCAGGACUAUCUCCACUCCAUACUUCAGCUUCAUUCCUGGAUUCCUGUCUCUGCGACUGAAAAAAACCACGCUGAGUACGUGCACCUGUCACGUAUCAUCCAGCAUCCUGAGACCAAAGAUUCUGAGCCCAGCUGUGGCAGGACCUGAUGAGCUUAAAGUGAAAGCAUUGGAGACACGCUUCUUAACAGAGAACACGUAAUAAGAUAGGGAUUGGUGUAUGAGACCAAAUAUGGUAGUCCAAAAAGGAAGAAAUAUAGAUUUCUUUUCCCCCAUUUCUCCAAAUUCACUCCAGUUUUAUUGCGUUUUUUUUUUCCGUAAAUGUAUUACUGAACUCCCUGCUUAUGUCUGUCUACAUUGACAAUUCGGUGUAUGCUAACUGUCUUGGAAGCAGUUGCGAAGUCAAAAGCUAUUACCAUUGUAAUGGGAUGAUUCUCAAGGUGAUAUUAGAACUAAACGUUUUUUGCAACAUGAGCAGACUGAACAAUGCAUUCAUUAAAAGUGCUCAAAAGUAAUAUAUAAAAUAUAUUUUAGAUAAUAUAGAAUUAUUUUUUUCUAUUUAAUGCAACAUUUGCCACUUCUGAGAGACCCAAUGGAGUUCCAGACAUAGAAUAGGUUACCUAAUAUAGUCUACCCUGAGAAUGGUGCUGAUAUAAAAGAAUAUCCUUUUAAUAUGUGUGGAUUAUCCAUUGAAAAAUAAACGGUAAACUUCCUUCAACUGAGCCAUCUUGUCCUAUAUGCCACAAUGUGGCCAGAUUUACAGCCCAUAAAUUGUCACGCUAAAUUUGCCAAACUCUCCUCCAAAUUAAAAUUUUCGCUGUCCAAUAAUUCUGCUGUCUAAAAUUUCUGCUACAUGUCCAGUAUGAGUUAAAGGCAAUUUUCAAGUUUGUUAAAGAGGGUACAUUUUUGGGCAAUAUCUGCACCACUCUUGCCCCUUUGGCUGUUUCUAGUUUUGUUGCUAAGGUCGAAUGAUGCUUAGAUGUAAUACCACGUGUGCCGUUGGACAAGAGUGGUGGUAUUUCUGGAGACAAAAGAAAUUGACUUUUCUAAGGAGCUUUUUUACACGGGCAGUGAUUGGGAACGAACGUUUUGUUCACUCGACCAUGCCCUGUGUACACAUGCCACAGAUUACUUCAUAGAUUGCAUCUUUUAUGCAGUAUUAAAAAUCAUUGUUUCUCAGCAGCACAUCACCUUAUGUAAACUGGGAUAUGCUGGUAACAGUAAUGGAACUGCAUGUGCCCGAACAGUCGCUUUACCGAUGGUCCAGGCACAUGCAGUGUCUUUGGUCUAUGUAAGUGUUGCUCAUCAAAACAUCUGCCAGUGUAAAAGGACCCUUAGGGAAGUAAUUGGCGGUUUCAGUGGUCUGUGCCACCCCUCGAGUAUCUUACUAUAGAUUGGCAUCUGUUGAUAAUUGAUUGGGUUUGCAGAGUCACUCAUUCAGUGUUCCUUACGUUUGAUUAGUUUUGAGUCAGCUAUUUCAGUAGAUGUGUCUAAAUAGGCAUAAGGUGGUCUAAACUAAUGUUUAUGAGAAUGAAGCCCGUCCUCUAGGAUCAAGUAUUUCUUAUCAGUUUAUCACAGACCCUGCUGUGGUUUCUAGAAAAGAAAGAAAAAAACUCUGAAUAUAGACCUGCUAUCAAAACGGGUCUCUCCAGCGUUUGCCGACAGCUGGUCCAUUGGCAUGAAAUUGUUGACUUCUGUAGGACCUAGCAACAACAUUGUGGUAUUAUCGAUGAUCUGUUUUCUCCUAAAUAUUGGUUUAGUCCAUUAAAAGAUCCACAGAGUUUAAAAGAUCCAUUGAGUUUGAAUGCUAUAGACCUCAUCAGGGCAAUUCUUUUAUGAUUGUGUUGUACUCAUUUUGGCCUCAACAUACAUUUUUCAAUUGGUCGUACCUAAAAAGUUUCAGCCGUUUUUUAAGAUACAGGGGUUAAAAUCUGUAAGUCUGUUAGUAGAGUGUCACUUCUCAGUCCCUGCAGAUAGCUCAGCAGAAGCCUUCUCUGAUUUGACUUAAUCAACAGUCAUUUAAGCCAUAUUCUUAUUAGUUUGAUAAGAGUUUGGCUAUAGUGAGUGUUUAUGAGGUAAGGAGAUCAGAGAGAAGGCUUUACAUGAGCCUUCAGCUGUUGGAACUGAAAAUGGAUACGCUGCAAACAGACUGAUUUUUAACCCCUGUAACUCCAAAACUACUGAAAAUUUUUAAGAAACAACUGAAAAAAUUAUUUUCAGCCCAAAAUUGGUAAAGCGCAAUCGUAAAAUAAUUGUCCUGAGGGUGUCCAUAGCCGUUAAAGGGUAUCCCAAAGAUGUUCUCUUCCUUCACUUCAAUCAAUGCCCAUGCCACUUAUGCUUUUUCUUUUCACUCUUAAGGGCCAUAAACAUCAGCUGACCAAACCCAUCAAUGAUUUUACAUGUAUGGGACCCUCUCAAGUGUCAUCCAUUUGUUGAAUACCACUGAUUUUAUUAAAGAGGUGAACCCUCAGGCAUGGUCAUUUCCCAGAUUAAAAGGUGCAUUAGGACACUUUGGUUGAGAAGAUCUUAAGUGGUCCCAGAUCUCAGCUGAUGUCAUUGAAGUGUGCAGCUCCUAUCAUUGUAAAAUCUAUUUAAAGUGGUGGAUACAAUUAAAUGGUCUCAGUAAGUAGCUAACCCUGUUAUGCGCUGCCUUUGUCAUCCGAGACUAUAGAAUACAAAUUGCUAAUACUGUUCUCAAAUCAUUGUCCAAAUAAUUGUUAAAAUGUAAAGGUACCAAGAAAUGACAUUGUAUUGCACUAUUCCGUGAGUAAUGGGUUAUCUUCAAUUUUCCUUGUACGUGAAUGUUGACGCAACUACUGUACUUAAGUACGUGACCUUUCUCCCUGACUGCAUAACAUAGGGCAAAUGCAGUGUUGCCCCUAGCACCCAGUGAUUUUCAAAUCUACUAGCUGAUGGGUUUAACGAGUCCUAAGAUGCCUUUGCACUGGUCGGUAUCAAUGUCUCCUAUGUUUCUACAGUCAAGCAGAACACAGUCAUUUAGGCAGCCAUUGUAUAAUUUUUCAAGUCUUAAAAUUUUGGAAAUGUCAAAAUAUCAGCAUUCUGUGCCUCCAGACUUUAAAGUUUAUCUGUUUUCAUUGUGGUCACAAGCAAAGUCAAAAAACAUACCUGAGUGCAGUUACUUUAGUCCAAGCAUUGUUGUAUAUUUUUGCAAAUUUUACCUGAUCAACAACAGUUUCCGUUGUACACCUCUCCUGCAUGCACUGGGGCAGCCAUUGGCGGGCAGAAUGACUAGAAUAAAACUUUCCAUACAUGGUCACAAGCAAUUUCAAAAAGCCUACCUGAGUACAGUUACAUUAGUCCAAGCGUUGUCUAUUUUUGAAAAUUUUACCCGAUCAACAACAGUUUCCAUCAUACACCUCUCCUGCAUGCACUGGGGGAAGCCUUUCCUGCAUGCACUGGGGGAAGCCUUUGGUGGACAAAAUGACUAGAAUAAAACUUUCCAUGCACGUGGACCUCUUUUUUUUUCUUUUUUUGGCCAGCUGUCAAAACUCAUAACCCCACCCAUGAAAUUGCCCAAGCGGCUUUCAUUUCGCGAGGGACCGGUGCCCCACUGAUACAUUUGGUUGCUGGUAAACUGACGGACUCGUGAUGGCUGCUUCCAGCCUGAGUAGCACUUGCUGCACCUUAACAUUAUGGUAUUGGCUGUUAAUACAAGGGGGGGGGGGUAUGCAACUCCUUGCGCUUGUACUUUGCAUGAAUCCACCUUUUUGGGGAAAAAACAAAAAAAGAAACUUAGAAUUAUAUUUUGUAGAAUUUACCAAAUUGAAAAGCAAAACCAAUGCAAGAUUUUUAGAUAAUUAUUAUAAUAGCAAGUCCAAUGGAUUUUUAUGACUGUGAUAUAUUUGCCUCUUUAAAACAAUACUAAACUGCUAAUCGUUGUAGAUCUGCUAUUUUUCUGCUGAUUUAGCUCCUAGAUGCCAAUGAAUUGUAUUAUACCAGAGAAGCAAUGCUGCUAUGUAAAAGGUAAAGCGUGUGCCUAGAUAGCUAUUUUUCUAUACCUUCUUGUGCUUGUAAUUGAAUGGACCACCCUUCUUUCUUAGUUAAGUUUCCAUUAGGGUGUGCCUGAUGAGAUCAUUCAGUAUUUCCACCAGUGUGUGUUCAAUUUUUCUUGAUUUACUUCUAGUAUAAACCUCUACAAAUCCAUAAAUCUACAUAAAAGUAACAGUAUACAGUGUCAUACAUUGCACUACUUAUCUUGUACUGAUCCUGAGUUAAGGGGGUUCUCCAGGAAUGCCACUUAGGUCAAAAUUUUGUCACAGUGGCAUUUAAAAAAUGGCUAUUUUUAUGUAAGAAAAGUGACGUAACAGGAAUGAUAAAUUUCCCCCAAAUAGUUUUGGGGGUUUUCACGUAUUUCAAGUUAAGCUAUAAAUGUAAAAAAAAAAAAAAAAAAAGCCACCAAAAAAUGCCUAAAAUUCAUUAACCAAGGCUAAGAAAUGUGUGUGUGUGUGUGUGUGUGUGUGUGAAGGAGAUCUUUACAGUCUUUAUUAGACUCUAGAGCUGAUUCACCAUGUUGAUGAUUGGUGUUGGAAUCAUGGUCAGACCUAAAACGAACUACCGUAUAUACAUGCAAUUUAAAAGUUGAACACAUCCAAAUGUGUAUGGGGGGUCUCCCGAUUCUCCCGAGGGGUUUAGGCAUGUUAGAGUUCAGGAUUGCUGACCUUUUUCAGUGCUAGCAGUGGCUUAUCCUCCUCUCCCCAUUAAAACGAACAUGCACACUUGGCGAAUGAGCAUGGGUAUGGCCAGCUUUAUUGCAUAGUCGGGCAUCUGUAUUGUAGUGCUUUUUGCUAAGUGAACAUUUAUUUAACCCAAUUUCUCUAGGAAGUGUGAUGAAACGACACCUCCUAAAAUACAGAUCAGACACUGAACCUGCAGGGUUUGUUGUGAAAUGUUAGCUCAGAGGCCUGUAGUAGUCUAAAUGCAGAAUGGUCCAUCAUAUGUGUUGUAACUUGGAUUCAGUACAAGAUAAGUAAUAUGAUGUAUAGCCAAGGUUCAACACCAGUAUCUAGUUGUAUCUAUCCAUCAUAAGACAGUCUAAGCAUUUUAUGCCCAGCUGUGUUUCUGCUGACCUGAACUCACAGCAGCAUAGGAAUUAAAUUGGGCUGAGGCAUAAAUAUGUCAGUAAUUUGCAUAUAUUGCCAGUAAACUGCACAUAUUGUCGAGAAGUAAUUUGUUUCCUUGACUUUAUUUAUGAAUUUGAUGGUGCCAGCAUAAAUAUCUUUUGUAUCUUAGUUGGCUGCUGUAGAAUGAUUGAAGUUGAUGGUUUGUUGUAGCUAUGAUGCUAAUUUUGGUGCAUUUUUAUGUAAUAUAGAGGUGUUCUCUGUGAAGUAGACAAACUAUUAUUCCCAUAAUAAAAUGUUAUGGCAUAAAUAUCAUGAUUGGCGGGGGUCAGACCUCUGGGUCCCCGCUGAACGAAGGGUCUGAGUGGCAGGUGGCAAAGAGUGUCAUCAUUGUGCAGGAGCUGCAGUGCGCUGUAACCUCUAUUCUCUGAGGAAUGGUGAGGGUCCUGGGAGUCAGACCCCCUCAUGUCAAAAAGUGAUGGCAUAUCAUAGCCUUAUGUCAUAAUUUCUUGUUUUGGAGAAACCCUUUAUAAGGGUUGUCCGACCAUUAAAAUUUUUAGGCAACCUCAGAUGAGUGCGUCCAUUGUGGGACUGCGAUUUCCUGUUAUGGACACUGCUCUUUUCACAGGACCGCACGAUAUUCUAAUGCUGUGUGUCUCUGGCCGACCUUGCAUCCACUGAAUUAGGCUACUUUCACACUGGCGUUUUGGCUUUCCGUUUGUGAGAUCCGUUCAGGGCU